AUGGAUGAGAGGCUUAAAGAAGUUUCGAGACUAAUGAAGGAAAUAAAAGGAAAACUUGAGGCAAUAAUCCAAAACAGCAUGCACAUCAAAGAGUUUAACUAUAAGGCUGAGGCAUUAUUAGCAGCUUUUGAUGCAUAUACAAUCUAUGACCCGGAGAGCAAUCUGGGGGCUGAUAGAGCAUCCUUGGAUAUAGUUUCGCCUAGAAAGAAUAUGCAAGAGGAAGGCACCAAAGAAGAGGUGGUACUGUUACCUCCGUCAGGAAUAAGAAAAGAAGAAAGCUUUGAGGAGUUCAUGGAAAGAAUGGAAUCCAAUACAAUGUGUAACAAAAUGUUUAGAGCUAAUGCUACAAAAAUAGCGAAAUUUCUUUAUGCCAAUAAAGAAGGUGCUGCAUUGGAAGAAAUCAUCAAAACCACAGGUAUUUCAAGAUAUAGGUGUGUUGACAUCCUUAAUUCAAUGCUCAGAACAGAUCCUCCAUUGGUUUCAAAAAGAUUCGACAAAGGAUUCAUUUAUUCUAUAGUGCUUCUCUGA